UAUAGGAGGUCACGUGACUUAAUCCAUCAAUGUAGCUAAUAUGGCGGUUGUUCAACAAUCGGGAAUGAACGGAGACAUACCAAAUUUCACUAUUGGAUCUAAUGGAGAUGAAGCAAACAUCUCUGGCAAUCUCCAAGAAGAGAUUGAAAAUAUUCAACGUGUCAUCAAAGUGACACGAAAAAAAUUGGAGGCCAUGAAUGAAGAAUUUGGCAGGCACCAGCAUCCACCAGCUAUCUAUGUGCAGGAAUAUGAAGAACUAGCCAAUAAAAUUCAUGAAUAUCAACUGAGAGAGCAAAGGCUUCAGGAUCAAAUCAGUGUGGGAAGAGGUUCACCCCCACCAUCUCCACCUUUGCCAGAAGAUCCCCUAUUGUCUCCAGGCCCUCCAUUAACUCCCAACAACAGCAAUAACAAUCUGAGGCAACUGCCCACAGGACAAAGAAGUCCACAGCUUGCAUGUAGAAUGGAAAGGUCCACCUUUCACAUCAAAGCAUAUUUGCCUAACAGUAUGGUCACAACAGUUGUUGCUAAGCCUGGUACAACUCUAAAGGAAGGUCUAAUGAAAGCCAUGAAGAGAAGACAGUUGGAUGCCUCUCAGUGCCAGGUGUUUAGGCACAAAACUAGAAUUCAAUUAACAUGGAACACUGACAUGGGGGAACUAGCUGGACAAGAAGUUUCUGUUGAACUUAUGGAGGUGGAUGAUGAUAAUGGUAUCACAAGAUCAAUGCCACGUGCUGUAGUUUUAUCCCAUAACUAUGGAAGGAAGACAUACUUUUCAUUAACCUUCUGUGAUAUUUGCCGUAACCUCCUGUUUCAAAGUAUUCGAUGUCAAACAUGUGGGCUUAAAUUUCACCAACGUUGUGAGGAUAAAGUACCGCGAAGCUGUCAAGGUGACUUAGAAGUAUAUUUGCGCACAAUGAGGGAAAAUUCUCGUGAACAAGUUCAUCAUUUAUUAGCUGAGCCUCAGGGAACUCCUGUGAGCAGGAAGCAAAGUCAGUCAGGAUCAAAAGGGACUCAUAUUAGUCGUCCACCUGCUCCUCAGUUAGGACACAGGGAAAGGUCAACCUCUGCCCCAAAUGUUUGUGCUAACAUAGUGGACAGUGGCGAUAUUUCUCAACAGGAAUAUCUAAGAAGAUUCAGAGAGUUGCAAAGUCAAGCUAAUAUGUUUACCAGUUAUCGGUCUAGUUUCUAUAAGGACAAACGACAUGCUAGUGAUAGCAGUGCCUCAUUUGCAAAAAAUGUUCCAAAAUCUCGAAAUAGAGAUCAACAAUCUCAGACAUUGACGCUCCCAUCUCAAUCUCCUGCAGGAAGUCCCACAAAAAGUGCUCAUUCAUCGCCAACAAUAUCUACUAAGCAUGUGCGCCCUCGUGCCAAAUCAGUGGAAACAGAUCCUGGCAAAAGAACGAGAACUAGAAGAGACUCAAAUGAAGACUGGGAAAUCCCUAAUGGUGAAAUUAUGUAUGAUCGGCAAAUUGGUUCAGGUUCUUUUGGAACAGUGUUUAAAGCUCAUUGGCAUGGCCCUGUAGCAGUUAAAAAACUUAAUGUUACUGAUCCAACUCCAGCACAGAUGCAAGCCUUUAAAAAUGAAGUUGGUGUUUUAAGGAAAACUCGCCAUUUAAACAUUCUGUUAUUUAUGGGUUUGGUUUCUAAGCCUCAUUUGGCUAUUGUUACUCAGUGGUGUGAUGGUCACAGUCUAUACAAACAUCUCCAUGUGCAAGAGACUAAAUUUCGCAUUGAUCAGCUCACUAUGAUUGCUAAGCAAACUGCACAAGGAAUGGAUUACCUUCACGCCAAAUCAAUAAUUCAUCGAGAUUUAAAGUCUAACAAUAUUUUUUUGACAGAAGUUUGUACAGAAAAUAUGACUGUUAAAAUUGGUGACUUUGGUUUAGCAACUGUGAAAACAAGAUGGAGUGGUUCACAUAUGUUUCAACAGCCAACUGGUUCUAUAUUAUGGAUGGCUCCUGAAGUUAUUAGAAUGAAAGAACAGAAUCCUUAUACAUUCCAGUCUGAUGUCUAUGCCUUUGGAAUAGUGCUCUAUGAACUCCUGACUUGUUCAUUACCCUAUUCCAAUAUCAACAAUAAAGAUCAGAUUUUGUUUAUGGUGGGCAAAGGUUAUCUCAAGCCAGACUUUACCCGAUGUCGCUCUGACACACCAAAACAGCUCAACAGGUUCAUGCUUAACUGUUUAGAAUUUGACAGAAAUGAUAGACCACUUUUCCCUCAGCUUCUGGCUUCAUUGGAGGCUUUGUAUACAUCAAUCCCUAAGAUCAAACGCAGUAAAUCAGAGCCAACUAUCCACAGAACAGACUCAUUUGAUUUAGAUUUUAAACACAUAUGUGCCUCACCGAAAACCCCCAUUAAUAGUCAUUACACACCCAAAUUCUUUUUUACUGGUGGAAACUAUUAACUGCAUUCUUCCUUGUGUGGGAAAACAUGACACAGAUUUUAUCCACAUUUUAGAUAUGCAACUGUGGUCAACCACAAUGAAAUCACAUAAAACCACAUCCAGUAUUUGUGUCAUUUUUUUUUACAUUUUAUGGCUCAUUUACAUUUGAACCACAAAUGUGUCUGUUUUUCUUUGACAAAAGAAAGCAACAAAAGCUGUGCUAAGAGUGAUUCUUUUUCUAUGAGCUCUUGAAUAACAAAUCUUUUGUUUUUGUACUACAUAGUCAAGCUGAAAAUCUAGAUGCUGAAUUUCAUGGUCCAUUUUCAAUAAAUGAAAAACUAUCAAGCAAGCUGAGAUAGCUGCCAUAAAACAUUGACACUUUUCUUGAUUUGGAGAAUAAAUUUCAGACUCUGAAUUGCAAAAGUAUGGUAAAUUGUGAUUCCGAAAAUUAGACAAGGAAAAUUUUUUAUCACAUUGACUGUAACAUGCAUGAGUCCUACAGUCAAUAUUUUAAUUACAGUGCUAAGAUUGGGCUUGGUGGCCGAACCAAGGGGUCUCAAGUUGGAAUCCCAGUGAAGAGAUUUUGAACUAUGGGAUUCUUAGGAUGCCCCUGAGCCCACCCAACUGAAGUGGGGACCUGAUAUAGGUUGGGAAAGUAAAGGCUGUUGACAGUUGUACAAGCCACGACAGCCUCAUUAACUGUUGGCCGUAGAAACAGAUGACCUUUACAUCAUCUGCUCCCAUAGAUCGUAAGAUCUGAAAGGAGUGCUCAGAUGGUUGCAUACAUUUAAUUUUUAAGAGAGUGCUGUAUAAACCAGACCUUAUGUCAAAUAAAAUGAUUUGCUAACAAGAAUAUUGAUAGGAAAUUUUUGGACAGUGUAUUAGAAAUGUAUUUCCUCUUUUUUAUUAAGCGUAAGGAUUAUUUAUUUUUCAAAAUCAGAUUCUGGAAUGACUUGUAUGUAAUAAUGAGUCUCUGAGGCCAGUUAUAAUUGGAAGUUGCAUUUUUAAUUGCCAGGCAAUUAAAUUUUGAACUAUAAGUUUAUUUUUCUCAGCUUUCAAAGAUUAUAUAAUAUUGUUGUUAAUUAUUGUGUUUUGUGAAUGAUCUUGUGAAAUGAAAUAUCAAUUAUACAUUCUUUAGUUUUGUAAAAUUGUGCUAAUGGGUUGCAUCUGACAUUGUGAUACAAAAAUAAUUUGUAGUUGGCUCAGCCUACCUAAAGAUCUCUUAUGUGUAUAUUAUAUUUUAUCAAAUAGUAAUUUAUUGUCUGUUACGCUUAUGUAACAAAACAACCACUUUGAGGAUAAACUCAGAAUUAGGCAGAGGGGAAACUUCAAAAACAAAUUUGCUGUUAGUACUCGAAGGUCAUUACAAUUGUAUUACAUAACAAAAAUCUACCAUGUCUUUCUUUAUUGUUUUUUUUUUUUUUU